UCCAGCUUUCAUUUGAAUUCCUCCUUGAUUUCCCCCUCUGUAUUCUUUAAUAAGAAGAAUGAACUGCCUCCCUACUUCUUCAAAUCUUUAUCUUUCUACUGAUUUUGUACAUAAUUAUGGCUUCUUCCUGCCAUUAAAAAUACAGCACAACGCCCAGUCUUUCUCAUCAAUUCCAUACCUUCGCCUUCGCCAUAAGUGUUACUCUGUUGCUUCGAACUCUUCCACUUCCCUUCGAAGAACAACAAAUUAUCAGCCGAGCUCAUGGAAUGACAGUCAAAUACAGUCUCUGAAUACAACUUCUUUCACUGGAGAUGUGCAUGAAAAGAGAAGAGAGAAGCUGAAGGAGGAUGUUAAGCGUCUUAUUAAGGAGAAGAGUUUUGCUGAUCAGCUGAAGCUUUUUGAUUCAUUGCAAAAGCUUGGGUUGGCUUAUCAUUUUGAAGAGGAAAUCAAAUAUUUGUUAAAUUUGAUGAAAUAUUCAGAAGAAAAGGUAAGAAUGGAAUUCAAUGGCGACGUUUAUGCAAUGGCCUUGUAUUUUAGGCUUUCAAGGCAGCACGGUUUUGAGAUCUCCAAAGAUUUAUUGGUUAAAAGCUACAAAUAUGAGAGCGGGUGCUUCAAGCCUUCUGUAUUUGAUAAUAUCAAAGGAAUGUUAAGCCUCUAUGAGGCUUCAUUUCUUGCUAUGGAUGGAGAAGAAGAAAUAGAUGAUGCUAAGGAAUUUGCUCUAAAACAUCUAAAUGAUUUUAUGAGAUCAAAUUCUUCAACAAAUCCAUUGCUUGCACAACACAUAGCUAUGGCCUUGGAGCUUCCUUUGCACCAUAGAAUUCCAAAGUUUCAGUCUCAAAUGUUCAUCGAGCAUUCUCGUCACAUCAAAGAGAUUAAUGUGGACUCAAUUGUGCUCGAAUUAGGUCAAUUGGAGUUCAACAUGACUCAAAGCAUUUACAAGAGGGAGCUCAAGGAGAUUUCAAAGUGGUGGGCAGAAGUAAGUAAUGUAUUCGAUAGUAAGUUAAAUUUUGCAAGAGAUUGGCCAGUGGAGAGCUACUUUCUAGCUGUUGGUAUGGCUGUUGAACCUCAGUUCUCAACAUACAGAAAAGAACUUGCAAAAGCAUUAUGCUUCAUAAAUGUUAUAGACGAUAUCUAUGACAUCUACGGUUUGUUGGAUGAGCUUCAACUCUUUACUAAUGCCGUUGAUAGGUGGGAGUUUGCUUCAAUCAAAUCACUUCCUGAAUACAUGAAAAUAUGCCUUGAAGGACUAUUUAACAUGGUAAAUAGUCUUGCUAGCAAAAUAAAGGAAGAGAAAGGGUUGGAUGUCCUCCCAAAUCUUAAAAGAGCGUGGCUAGAUUUGUGCAAAGCAUACAUGGUGGAGGCAAGAUGGUGUCACACUGGAUAUUGCCCUACAUUUGAAGAAUAUUUAGAUAAUGCAUGGAUUUCAGUUUCAACCCCUUUACUCUCAGUUAUAUCACAUUGCCUAAGUGAGAAUUUGACAAAAUUAUCACUAGAAAGCUUUGACUUUUAUCCGACCAUUGUUCGCCAAUCUUCUAUUAUUUUUCGGCUUUACAAUGAUUUAGGAACAUCAAAGGGUGAGCUCCAAAGAGGAGAUGUUUCAAAAUCCAUCCAAUGUUACAUGAAAGAGAAUCAUGUUUCAGAAUUGGUGGCACAGGAGUGUAUAAGGAAUAUUAUAAAUAAAAACUGGAAAGAAUUGAAUAGAGAAUGGAUAAAGGGCUCAAUAUAUGAUGAAACAUUCAAAACGGUUGCAAUAAACAUACCACGAGCGGGUCACCUCAUGUAUUUGCAGUCAAAUGAUGGGAAUAUUGGCGAGCUUAAUGUAGAGGAAAUGAAGGAAAAUAUCAUCUCACUUCUCAUUGAGCCCAUUACAUUCAAACAAGGUGUAGUCAAUUGUAUUGGUAACUUAUUUGUACAAGAAAAUUGAACUAAAAGUAAUAAAUAAUCUUAUAAAUAUACUAUAUUUGGUUGAGAAUGUAAUAAAUUUCUAAAUAUGUGAUAGUUAUUUUCAAAGAUUGAACUUGUAGAAUGAGAUAUUGUGUUUUGUAUCUUGGUGACUAGAGAUUACAUACACACUUAAGUGGGUGAAUAAAGUUUAAAAGUCUAGAUAUAAAA